UUUUUUAAGUGAUGGCAGGAAACUUCUGGCAGAGCUCACAUUAUUUGCAGUGGAUCCUUGACAAACAGGAUUUGAUGAAGGAACGCCAGAAGGACUUGAAGUUUCUGACAGAAGAAGAGUAUUGGAAACUGCAGAUCUUUUUUGCGAAUGUGAUACAAGCCUUGGGAGAGCAUCUGAAGCUCAGGCAGCAGGUUAUAGCCACAGCCACCGUUUACUUCAAACGAUUUUAUGCAAGAUACUCACUCAAAAGUAUAGAUCCUGUUCUUAUGGCUCCAACCUGUGUGUUCUUGGCAUCCAAAGUAGAGGAAUUUGGUGUUGUUUCAAAUACCAGAUUGAUCUCAGCUGCUACAUCUGUAUUGAAAACUAGGUUUUCAUAUGCUUUCCCAAAGGAGUUUCCUUACAGAAUGAAUCAUAUAUUGGAAUGUGAAUUCUAUCUAUUAGAACUAAUGGAUUGCUGUUUAAUAGUGUACCAUCCCUAUAGACCGCUGCUUCAGUAUGUGCAGGACAUGGGGCAAGAGGACAUGUUGCUGCCUUUAGCAUGGAGGAUUGUGAAUGACACUUACAGAACGGAUCUCUGUCUUUUGUAUCCCCCAUUUAUGAUUGCCUUAGCUUGCCUACAUGUUGCUUGUGUUGUGCAGCAAAAAGAUGCAAGACAGUGGUUUGCUGAGCUUUCGGUUGACAUGGAAAAGAUCCUGGAAAUCAUUAGAGUCAUUCUGAAGUUGUAUGACCAGUGGAAAAACUUUGAUGACAGAAAGGAAAUGGCUGCAGUUCUCAACAAGAUGCCUAAACCAAAGCCUCCUCCUAACAGCGAAAGUGACCAGAGUUCCAAUGGAAAUCAGAACUCUACCUACAAUCAAUCUUAGGUUACACAUGGAACAGGAAAUGCAGCAAUGGAAUACAGUGCAUCAGAAACUGCUUUAACCUGGGAGCAAUACACACUUUUAUUAUUCAAGAAUGAAUGGUGGUCCGUUGUAUGGGCUGGUCAUUCUUGGAUUUAUGGUACCAUCUCCAAUUUGUCCACUGGACAAGAUGUGUAUUUCAAUUUUUAUCCUGAAUUAUGUGUAGACUUUUGAAUUAAUGGUAGGCUGCUGGAAUACAUCUUGAUAGCCCACCACUUUAAGGCACUCUAUUAAUGUGUGUGGCCUUUAUGGCUGUUAUGCUUGAAACAGAAAGAACUGAUGUACCUUAUGAACCAAAACUUAACUGCUGGGUACAAUCGGUAUGAAAUCAGACAAAGCUCAUAAAAAAGCUAUAAACUUGCUAUAUGCCGAUCCUGACUUCCUUGAAGAGUCCCAGAGUGUUCACAGGGUUAAAGUAGUGGAUUCCUUGAAAGUGGAGGUGUGAUUGUGGAAAGUUGAUUGAUCAUAUAAAUAUAAAUGUUUAAGUGGCAAGUGGUUGGUGGUUGUUCCCUUUUUUGCACACCAUAUUUUAGCAGUACCUUCAGCAAUAGAUUUCUGUUCUAUUAUUCUGUCCAUAAAAGAGAGCUUAAGUUUACAAAUGUAAGUGUGUUGGUGUGCUAAAUGACCUUACAAGUCUAUGUCUGAUUUUAGGGGGCAUUAUGGUUAUUUCUGUAAUGGAUAUCUUCGAGUGCAAGUUGAGAUCUUUUUGAAAAUGCUUAAAUGUAAAAAAUUAUAUAGGGCUAAUUUAAGGUAAUAUUUUUACUUUUUAUCAUGCCCAUUUUUUUUAGUUCUCAGAGCUGUGAGACAGAACUGCACAUUGUGAUUGUUCAGCCAAAUUCAUCAUUUACCACCAAAAGCCAGCUUUUUAUUUGGUCCUACUUGGUACUUCAUUUGUACAUAUGUUUAUCUUCACUUGUUAAUUUCGGGCUCACACCCUUCAAGGAGCAAAUGUUAAGUGCAAGGAGUUACUACUCAUUAAUAAAAGGAUACUAUACAUGUAGUUAA